AUGUAUAGUUUAUACAGAGCUUGGUUCGGUGACAGCGUUUCGGCAGACAAUUAUUCGCGACUUCAAGAGACUCUGUCGCCGCCUGACACGGUCAUCAGAGUCGGGAACGAAGGAGAACAUCAGUUCGUCGCUCAUAAGGGCGUCCUGGCUGCUCAUAGUGGUUAUCUGAAAGCUUUGCUAACGAACGCGUCGACGGCACCUACUCCUGGUGUUAACACGAACAUUACCUCUUGUGCUAAUUUACCAGGCACGGCUAUCGCGGUAACCACUACCAAUUUGUCAGGACAAUCAACACGGCAGCCAGUCACGUCUGUUUCGGUCUCGUCCAUUGGUGGAGAAGCUUUCGCUCCAUUAUUGAACUACAUGUACACCGGCCGGCUGGAAGUGACGUUGGACAACGUGUACAGCGUGCUACUGGCCACGCAUUUGUUGCACAUGCCAGGAGCACUGGAGCAAUGCAGAGCCGCGUUGCUCAGGUUGAGGGCACCGCCACCACUGCCUACGCCGAUACCUGUGCCACCGGGCUCGACGUCGACGUUGACGUCAACCUCGAUGUCCACGUCGACGCCAGGCUCAGGAAGCAUACUCAGGCCUAUACCCAACAGACUGAUGAUAGACCCGAGCAUGUGUUGGCCACCGACCGCGCCUCUUUAUCCGCCGACCGCGCCAGCACCCGCAUCCAUCGGUAUACCGCAUUUACCCCAGCUGCAACCGUCGGUGCUGAUGCAAUCGGCCGUUCCACUCAGCGUUUCCGUCGUACCGACCUCGAGCGUGCAAGAUACGCACAACUCGGCUGUUUAUAGGGACGUGUCGUCACCAAAAUCUUCGCUAUUCCACUUAGACCGAACUCGUGGCCUGAGAAUGGACCACCGAUCCAAGUCUCCAGAAAACGUGUCAUCCAGUUCUCUGCCCUUUGUGGCUGCAGCCGCAGCGGCGUUCAGCGCGUUCACAUCUAACGCGGCCACAUCGACGAGAACCUCCUCACCCUGUCAGUCCAUUUCACCUACACCAUCGUCGACCUCUCGAUCCUCAGUGCCCUCAUGCCAGAACAAGAAACCAGCGGACCACCAACAUCCAACCAAAGAGGAGAACGACUACGACCAUGCAAACUCGAGCAACAACCAAACGCAGACUUGUUCAUCACCCGUGACACCAGUGGAGGAUUCGACUGUGCCUCGUAAUCGCGAGAGGAAUAUCGAAGUGGUAUCUAUCAGUGAAAACGACCGAGGAAGAUCCUCCAGACGAAGAGGUCGCAGUUCGAACGGAGAGAACGAGGGUUCCUCUAGUGUCUUGUCAGUAGUCUACGACGUGGCUUGCUGCGACGGUCCAGUGAAGUUCCAUCGAGUGUUAAACGAGAAUUACUCAUCAACAACCUCCUGUGGUUCCAGUUCCAUACCUCAGUCGCGUUUACAAAGACCAUGCUUCGAACCAGAGAACGCAACAGGCGAGAACGACGAGAACGGUGGACCAGGAGCAGUUAGAACACCCUGUGAUCCCAUCGAGUCUGGGAUCGACACGGCUAACAGCAGCGGAAGUUACACUUGCGGAUACUGUAGACACACUUUCAAGUCUCAGUAUUGUUAUAGAAAACACACCAAGAGGCACUUGCUACCGACCAGAGUGAACGAUUCGAUCGGGAAUAGGCAGAGGCAGGAGACUGCUAGAAAUAGAAGAGAGGUUCGAUUGCUAGAUCUGAAUGUUCAAUAUUAUCCCUGCAAGAUCUGUGGCUGUAAGUUCCCGAGCUACUAUUUCGUGCACAAGCAUAGAAAACUGUGUCAUGCGAAUACAGAAGAGAGGACGCAGUCUGACGAGGCUAACAGCACAGCUACCGAGGACCAGGAGUCGACCACCUCGACGACGAAUAACGAGAGACAAUGA